AUGAAGUUUGAUAGUGCGUUUGGCUUGACUGUUUUAAUUGUCUAUUUGACGGCACUGAUAUGUAGUUGCAUGUUUGCUGUGCUCACAUGUGCAUUGCGCAGUACAGUUGAUGUAAGUUUCCAGGAAAUUUGUUCCAUGAGUCACGCAAGCCUCAAUGACAUCAUCGCCGUUCAUCGAAAGUUGAAUGAUCAAAUAGCAACAGCUUCCCACAUUCUGACACCAUGGUUUCUCGUUCAUUGGCUGAUGUUUGGCGCUUAUUGUUUUGGAGUAUUUGCCUUUGACUCUUUGCAAUUUCAAGUUCUGACUCAUAAGUUUAGUAGCGCACACCUCACGUUCCAAUCUGUUACUUUUUUCCUAAACUUUGCAUUGUUUUUGGUACCGUGUGUUUUUGCGUCAAGGGUGACUUGGAGAUGCGAAGAUAUUUUGUUCAAAUUAAACAACAUGAGCCCAAGAGACUGGAACGAAGGGCACCCUUUUCAUGAACGCGCCAACGUGAAUACAUUUCUGUUUUAUGCGGAGCGGAGUAGAUGCGGAUUUCGGAUAAGAAACCUAACAUUUGGAUCCAGUGGAACCUGGAUUUCAGUGAUACUAGGUCUACUUAGUCUUGGAAUACGAAUUAUUCAAUAUAUCACCUGA